AUGGGCGUCUCCUUCCAGCCGUUGGGUGUGGCAGGCCCCGGAGUCCCUUCUGAGUGCCUGCUGGAGGUGCCUUUCGAGGCGUACACCGACUCGCCCAAUACCAACGGUCGCGCCAACGAAGUCAAGGGAAACACGACCGUGCGAGUCAAAGCGAUCCCACGCGCUCAGGCGGGGCCGCGCCCCCGUGGAUGGCGCCUGUCGUUGGCGGGCUUCCUCCCGUCCAGGUUUACGACUCGCCGGCCUGCUGAUCGCGGCGACGCUUUGCCUAUACUUGCAGAAGACCCGCCGCGCAGGCAGCGAUCCUGUCGGUCGUGCUUGGGGCGGUGGCUUAUGCGGGGAUUCCUGGGCUUCUUCAUCAUGCUAGGGAUCAUCCAGUUUAUCUCGAUCGCCUGCGCCAUCGGGCUUACCUUCUUCCCGGACGAAUACGGCCGUGCAGCACGCUCCUGGAUGGACCCGAUUGCCGACGCCGACGCCGAUGAAACCACGCACUGGCCGACCGAUCUAUCCCGCGAGGUCUUCCCCGUUGGCUGUCACUCACACAACGACUACUGGCGCCGGAUCCCGCUGUUCUCCGCUCUGCAGGCUGGCUGCAUCGGUGUCGAGGCCGACGUUUGGCUGUUCGACGAGGAGCUCUACGUGGGCCACACUAGGUCCGCGCUGACGAAGCGCCGCACGCUGCGAUCCUUAUACGUCGACCCGCUGGUGCGCAUCCUGGAGCGCCAGAACCCAGUCACCCCGUUCCAGCGCACGCCCGACCAACCCCCGCACGGGGUCUUCGAUACCGAUCCUGGCCAGACGCUUAUCCUGCUGAUCGACUUCAAAACCGAUGGCGCGGCGACCUGGCCGGCUGUGAUAACCCAGCUGGCGCCGCUGAGGGACCGUGGUUAUCUCACGUUCUUCAAUGGGCGCGAUAUCAUCCCCGGACCAGUGACAGUGGUAGGAACGGGCAAUACACCGUUCGACCUGCUCACGGCCAACGCGACAUACCGGGACGUUUUCUUUGACGCCCCGCUUGACAAGCUGGUCGACGACGACGGCAUCGACCCUGUAGAGAUAGGCACGUUUGUAUCGAGGGUGACACGCUCCGCCGGACUGGGACAGGGCCUCUCCGGGAUGCCGGAGCGCAUUGACUCGCACACGUUCAACAUCACGAACAGCUACUACGCCUCGGUGUCGUUCAAAAAGGCCGUUGGAUUUCCCUGGCCGUUUCACUUCACACCGCACCAGAUGGACCUCAUCCGGUCCCAGGUCCGGAACGCGCACCGCCACGGCCUCAAGGUGCGCUACUGGGGGCUGCCGAGCUGGCCGACCAGUCUGCGCAAUCAUAUCUGGCGGAUCCUGCUUCAGGAGGGGGUGGACAUGCUCAAUGUGGAUGAUCUGGCGGCUGCUACCAAGGGCGAUUGGAAGAUUAAGAUCUUCGACUGGUGGUUCUAG